AUGUCUCUUACCAGCUCUGUUAACGGUUCCCAGCAGCCUGCUUCCGCCCCAACUGCCACUCCAGGAAGCAGCGCCUCAUACAGCACGCACGCUCCCUUGGUUCAAGAGCCCGUCAUCCACGACAUAUUCGAAAAAAAGACCAGCACUUGGCAAUAUGUCGUCGCGGACCCCAACACUCUAAAGGCCGUCAUCAUCGACCCUGUCUUGGACUACGACCCUGCCACCCUGACCGUGUCCACCGAGUCUGCCGACGCUUUGUUGGCGCUGGUCGCGGAGAAGGGCUACAAAGUCGAGAGGAUCCUCGAGACGCAUGCCCACGCUGACCAUGUAACCGCUGCAUCCUACCUCCAGCGCCGAUUGGAGAAGCAACAAGGCCACAGGCCUCUCGUUGGCAUCGGCAAGAGGAUUGUUGGUGUGCAGGAACUGUUUAGCCAGAGAUAUGGCGUUCCGGAAGAGGAGUUCAGGACGGUUUUUGAUGUUUUCUUCGAUGACGACGAGGUGUUUGAUAUUGGCGAACUCAAGGCUACGGCCAUUCACCUGCCCGGACAUACCCCGGACCAUCUAGGCUACAAGAUUGGAGACAAUGUGUUUUGCGGUGAUUCCGUCUUCCACACGGAUAUCGGCACUGCGAGGUGCGAUUUCCCCGGUGGCAGCGCCGACAAUCUUUUCCUCUCCGCGCAGAAGCUCCUCAGCUUGCCGGACCACGUCAAGAUCUGGACCGGUCACGACUACCCUGCCAAUGACCGCAAAGAUCCCGUCGCCUGGCAGUACGUCAAGGACCACAAGCAGGAGAACAAGCAUAUCAAGGAGGGCACCACCUUGGAUGACUUUGUGGCCAUGCGGAAGGAGCGAGACAGCACGCUGGGAGAACCGAGGCUGCUGCACCAGUCACUUCAGAUGAACAUUCGGGGAGGACAGCUUCCCCAGAAGACGGCUUCAGUGCACCGGCUGAUCAACGUGCCCUUGAAAUUAAAGAACGUUGAAUGGUAG